CUUUGACAGUUGAGAGCGUGAGACCAAGAGAGAAACAUGAUGGCUGAAUUCAGAUGGAUUAUAAUGUCUUUAUUUCUGAUGCUGCUGUUUAAGUUUACAGCAGCAGCAACUGAGAAAUAUUCCUUAGUUGGAGAUGAAGUCACUUUGUCUUGUGAAAAUGUGACACAUGAUCAGGAUAACUGUGACAGUGCUACAUGGGUAUUUAGUGAUGGAGGAAACACAGAGAAGCUGUUUGAACACGGGAAGAUUGACAGAGAAGCUGAAGCUAAAUCAGACAGACUGAGUGUUACAGCAAACUGUUCUCUGGUUAUAAAGAAGGUCACACGUGAGGAUGUUGGACGUUACAGCUGCAGACAGUUCAGAUCAGGACGACAAGUUUCAGACUCUCAGGUUGAUGUGUCUGUUGUUGACAUGACUGAACGUCAGGACACUGAUCGGGUCAUCUUGAACUGCUCUGUGUGGAUAUAUGGACACAUAUGUACCCACAAAGUGAAGUGGCUGUAUGAGGGUGAUCAGAAUGACUUGGAGACAUCACAGAGUACAUGUUCAGCCUCUGUGACAUUUACAACAUCUGACUAUAAUCAGAAGUUGAAGUAUUCUGAGUUCUUGAAAUGUGAAGUGACAGAUGGUCACACUGAAGAAGUUCAUCAGUUCACCUUCAGCCCUCCUCAGUCCUCAGGUGAGAAACCAGGUCAUGACGCAACCACAGCAGCUACAAUAUCAUCAACAACAACUGAAUCACUGUUGACAACAGGAAAUAGAUGGACAUCAGUGACAAUGAGCACAUCAGAAGUGACAAACAACACUGCAUCUGAAAACAACAAUGAUCAACUAAAACAAGGUCAUGAUGCAACAACAACUACAACAACUACAAUAUCAUCAGCAACAACUGAAUCACCAUCUACAACAGGAAAUAAAUGGAAUCUGAAAUCUGAAAACAAUCAGACAAAACAAGAUUGGUGGAAGUUCAUCGUUGCGGCUGUGGGUUUAGCAGCACUGAUAAUAAUCACUGUGGCUGUCAUCAGAUGCAAGAGAACUAAAGGGAACAAAACACAGAUGGAUGAAAACAUGGCUGAUCCUGAAGCUGAUGUUUCCUACGCCUCCAUCAGCUACACCAAGAACACAGGCCGUAAAGCCAAGGUCCGUCUUGAUGAUGAUGAUGAUGGUGAUGAUGAUGGUGAUGAUGGUGAUGCAGUGACCUUCAGCACCGUGACAGCUCCCUCCUCUUCUUCUGCUGGAGCCUCUGCUGAUCCCAGAAACCUCUACGCUACCAUCAACAAACCAACCAAAUAAGAUGUUACUUAUUAAAUGCAACAUGUUUUUAUAACAACUGCAGGAUUGUUUGGAUCAUAGAUUCAGAAUUUUAAGUGAGCAGAAUUAUAAUAAGCAUGAUCUCACUUGGUCAUGUCAUGCAUUUGCUUGGCUUAACUGUAGCAAAGUGAGAACACAGCAGCAGCAGCAGCAGCAGCAGCUCUAUGACACAUUGAGGGAGUUGAGGCUCCCUCUAGAGGUGGAGAGUGUAUAAAAAGGA